AUGGCAUCCCGGAAGCGGGCGGCGACGGCGGUGGAGCCGGAUGAUGAUACCGGAUGCGCGUUCCUGCACGAACUGUCCGGCGAGGAGCAGCUGCGGCUGCGCAACCGCCACCUCGAGCGCAAGCGCAAGGAGAAGAAACUGCGGGAUAAAGGCAUUCGUCGAGCGGCUUCCAUGCGCACGGAGGAGCAAGUCGCCCGGCCUGCUCCUUCCUACUCGGAUCGCGACGCCUUCGUCAUGAAAAACGUCCACCACGCUCUCCGCCACUACAACGCCAGGCACCCGGGUGGGGAGUUCGAUCCUGUCAAGGCCUUGAUGGAAGCCAGCGUGUGCUAUAGGAACCACGUCAACUUCUGGGCUCGCAGCCGCAGCAGCAACAACCCAGGGACGACGACGACUAGGAAGAUCAAGCGCUUCUUCGCUGAGCUGCGCUACAAGCAACACCAUGAUGACCCAAUCGUUGAAACGAGCACCAUAAUCGAAGAGCCGCUCUGCCGCUACAAAAGGAGCUGUGCAAUUUGCCCCGGCCAGUACGACAUCUUGCACCCCGUGAACGGCAUCUAA